GCCGGGCGGAGCCGGAGCCGAGCGGAGCCGGUGCCGGGGCGGCUCAUUGCGGCGCGGCGCGGCGGCAGCAUGGCCACCACCGUGCCCUGCACCCGUUUCACCGACGAGUACCAGCUCUACGAGGAGAUCGGCAAGGGAGCUUUCUCGGUCGUCCGGCGCUGCGUCAAGCUCUGCACUGGCCAUGAGUACGCUGCUAAGAUCAUCAACACCAAAAAGCUCUCAGCCAGAGACCACCAGAAGCUGGAGCGCGAGGCGCGGAUCUGCCGGCUGCUCAAGCACUCCAACAUCGUGCGGCUCCACGACAGCAUCUCCGAGGAGGGGUUUCAUUACCUCGUCUUUGACCUGGUGACGGGUGGCGAGCUCUUUGAGGACAUCGUGGCGCGGGAGUACUACAGCGAGGCUGAUGCCAGCCACUGCAUCCAGCAGAUCCUGGAGGCUGUCCUGCACUGUCACCAGAUGGGGGUGGUCCACAGGGACCUUAAGCCAGAGAACCUGCUCCUGGCCAGCAAGUGCAAAGGGGCAGCAGUGAAGCUGGCAGACUUUGGCCUCGCCAUCGAGGUGCAGGGGGAUCAGCAGGCCUGGUUCGGGUUUGCGGGCACACCUGGCUACCUGUCCCCCGAGGUGCUGCGCAAAGAGGCCUAUGGCAAACCGGUGGACAUCUGGGCGUGUGGGGUCAUCCUGUACAUCCUGCUGGUGGGCUACCCGCCGUUCUGGGACGAGGACCAGCACAAACUCUACCAACAAAUCAAGGCUGGGGCCUACGAUUUCCCUUCACCUGAAUGGGACACGGUCACCCCCGAAGCGAAAAACCUCAUCAAUCAGAUGCUGACCAUCAACCCCGCCAAGCGCAUCACAGCCCACGAGGCCCUCAAGCACCCGUGGGUCUGCCAACGUUCGACCGUGGCCUCCAUGAUGCACAGGCAGGAGACAGUGGAGUGCUUGAAAAAGUUCAAUGCCCGGAGGAAGCUCAAGGGUGCCAUCCUCACCACCAUGCUGGCCACCAGGAACUUCUCAGUGGGCAGACAGACCACCGCUCCUCCCACCAUGUCGGCGGCCGCUGCCGGGGCCCCGCUGGGGCUGGUGGAACAAGCUUGUGAUGCCAACCGGGGGAGGGGUCCCUCAGUGUGGAGGAAUGACGAGGAUGCUCGAGCAGCUAAGAGCUUACUGAACAAGAAGGCGGACGGCGUGAAGCCCCAGACCAACAGCACCAAAGGCAGUGCCGGCGUCACCAGCCCCAAGGGGACCCUCCCGCCCACCGCUCUGGAGCCUCAAACUACCGUAAUUCAUAACCCCGCGGACGGCGCCAAGGAGUCCUCCGACAGCACCAACACCACCAUUGAGGACGAGGACACCAAAGCCCGCAAACAGGAGAUCAUCAAGAUCACGGAGCAGCUCAUCGAGGCCGUCAACAACGGGGACUUCGAGGCCUACGCGAAGAUCUGCGACCCGGGGCUCACCUCCUUUGAGCCCGAGGCACUGGGCAACCUGGUGGAGGGGAUGGACUUCCACCGCUUCUAUUUCGAGAACUUGCUCUCCAAGAACAACAAGCCGAUCCACACGACCAUCCUGAACCCGCACGUGCACGUCAUCGGGGAGGACGCGGCUUGCAUCGCCUACAUCCGCCUCACGCAGUACAUCGACGCGCAGGGCCGGCCCCGCACCAGCCAGUCCGAGGAGACCCGCGUGUGGCACCGCCGCGACGGCAAGUGGCAGAACGUCCACUUCCACGGCUCGGGGGCCCCCGUGGCCCCCCUGCAGUGAAGAGCUUGCGGUGGCUGUCCUGGUUCCAGCCCGAUGGAGACGGCGAUGGGAGCCGAGGCGGCAGCCGGAGCUGCAGCCCCCCGAAGCACGCGUCCGCAUGCCUGUCCCCCCCUACCCUGGCCCCUGCUGCCCCCCUCCGGUGCCUGUGUUUGCAGAAAACAAAAAGACAAAAAAAAAAAAAGAAAAAAAAAAAAAAAAAGAAAAAAAAAGAAGCCAAAACGAUGAAGACCACAAAAAAAAAAGAAAAAAAAAACUUAAAAAAAAAAAAAGGGGGAAAACCCACCCCAAUCCCAAACCCACCCACACCCCCAAACCCAACCCAGCCGCUCGGCCACAGGCGAGGGCGCUGGGGGGCUCAGCCCCCCUCCUUGGCCCGUCUCUGCUGGGGGGGAAGGGGGGUCCCGGCCCCCCUCCCGGCUGUGCUCGUGGCGUGUUGCUGUCGCUGGUGGUGGAUGUUGUUGUUUGGGCUCCGCUUUGCUCUGUCCUCCCCCAGCCCCUGUACAUAGAGAGAGCUAUUUAUUUUUGAAUUCCCACGGGGGUCCCCAGCAACAGGGGGCUGCCAGGGGGUGAGUGAGGUGGGGGGGACACACACAGACUCUCCCCUCCACCCCAGUCCAGUGCCUCCCCUGGGAGCGCUGCCUGUGGGGCCCGAGGCUGAUCCUGGGCACUGCUGCACGGGGAACACGGCGGGUGCACCCCCGUGUCCCCACCAUAGCACCCUGUGUUCCCACCCCAGCAGCCCGUGUCACGGGUGCCAGCAGGGGGGGUGUGGGUGCCACGUCAGGGGGCAGAGGGCAGCUGGGGGGUGUUGGGGCUUGGGGUGGGGGGCUCAGGACGAUCCAGCCAGCACUGACACAGCAUCGAAAGCACUUUAGACUAAGAGAAUGGGUCUCUUAGGGGGCACAGGCUGCUCUGCCGGGGACCCCCAGCACGGGGGCACCGGCAGCAUAUCCUGCACCCCCCAAUGGCCAGCACUCGGGGGGACCUGUCACCCCCGGCCCCACCGAGCCCGGGGAGGCACCACUCCACUCCCCACGCAAUUCCCCAGGGCAUCCCCACCAUGCUGAGGGCUGGUUUUGGCUGGGGGGGGGGGAGGGGGCAGGAUGGGUGGGGGAUAUUAAUUAUUUUUUAAUUAUUCUGAUGAUUUCUCUGCAUGCCCUUUGCGCGGGAGCAACCCUCGGGCGCUAAUGCUGUAUGUUGAGGAGCUGAGCUGUUCCUGUCCCAUGAAUGCUGGUGGAUCGUUGCCAAAUUUUUCUCCUUCCUCCCCUUUUCUCUCAUUCUUUUUCUGUCUCCCCCUCUCCAGCAUAUCCCCCCCCAUUCCCGUCCCCCCAAAAAAAAACCCUUUGUCUUUUCUUUCUGAGCCUUGUAAGUGUAAAAGAUGACUCUGAUUUUGUUUUUGUCUCGGGAAAACUGCAAAUAAAUUAUGAGGAAAAAACAA